CGGUGUACUCUGGUAAUACUGAACGCUCAAAAUGUGCGAGACAGGCUCCGAACGUUCUUCUUCUUCGUACCUGUAUAAACAGAUUAAGGGAUAAUUCUUUUGUUUUCACUAAAGAAGUUUCUCGUUUGUUUGUUUUCCCACUACACCAGCAACACAUCGUCUAAUAUGGCAUUUGGUGCCACACGAAUUGCCCGUCAAAUGCUUGGACGAGCAAUUGCAUAUUCCGAAUACGGAAAUCCUAAGCAGGUGCUGAGAUGUAUACAGUACCCUGUACAGCAUUGCUCUCCUGAAGAGCUUACUGUUCGUUUCCUAGCGUCGCCCAUCAAUCCGUCGGACAUCAACCAAAUUGAAGGCGUCUACCCAUCCCGACCAUCGAUGACGACAGACCUUACGCCUAACACACCCUCAGCUGUCGCGGGUAACGAAGGUGUUGUCGAAGUCAUUGAUGUUGGCAGUUCACUUCGUGAUCGUUGGGAGCCCGGUCAAUGGGCUGUUAUGUCGACGACCAACCUGGGCACAUGGCGCACCCAUUUAACGACGAAACCCGAAAACCUGAUUCGCGUAGAUCAGUACGCGUUUCAUAACGUGCAAGAGGCCGCUUCGCUGACCGUCAAUCCAUGCACGGCAUUUAUGUUGUUACACUCAGCAGUCAAGUUGCAACCAGGUGACUGGUUUAUGCAGACCGGUGCAAACAGUGUUGUGGGCAUGAACAUUUUGCAAUUGGCCCGGCACUUUGGUUAUAACAGCAUCAACAUCAUCCGUGCGCGUCCGGAUGCCGAAAGUCUCAAGGAGCGUUUGAGACAGUUGGGUGCUACAUAUGUUAUUACUGAUGAGGAGCUGAUGCAGCGUUCAGAGAUGAAGAAACUGGUACCCAAGUGGACUGAGAAUAAUCCACCCAAGUUGGGUAUUGACUGUGUGAGCGGUCGUACAGCGACAGAGAUGUCAAAGUACCUUGCCAACAGCGCAACCAUUAGUACAUACGGAGGAAUGUCUCGUCAACCACUCGGCAUUCCGGUGUCGUUGCUUAUUUUCAAGGACCUUCGCUUCCACGGCUUCUGGCUCACGAAGUGGAAGGAUGAACAGCCCAGUAAGUUCCGUGAUCUUGUAAUCCAGAUGCAGGAGUAUUACCGCAGAGAUGUAUUGCACUCUCCUGACGUUGAUCUUGUUGAUGUCGAUGCAAACGCUGAACCUGCAGACUUUCUCAAACCCUUUACGGACAGUAUCGGUGCCCAUGGAAAGAAGGUGAUGCUGUUCCACUAUGAUAACUAGUAAUUACGUUCGUAGUACCAGAAUUUACGAGUUGAUGCAUGAAACAUAUAUAACGUGUUCUUUAACGUUGUAGCUAUACUCACCUCUUUCGCUCCAUCAAAAGGCCGCCCGCUCUUCA